CGGACCGCAGCCUCAAGUGCCCCGAAAACGGAGCCGCUUCGAAGCGAGUUGGAUUUUUUUUUUUUUAAAGGCGCUUCGCUUUCAGAGAUAUGGGCUCCGAGCCACCCAGCUCUCCACAGGUGGUGGAGGAUGGAGGUGAGGAGGACGAGGAGGAGCUGAGCGGAGGCGAGGAGGCAGAUCUGAGGUCCAGCUCGGGCCGGGGAUCCCUGCUGACCCGGAGGGGCAUCACCCUGAGGGUGCUGCUCAAGGACGGCCUGGUGGAGCCCGGCGACGGCGUGCUGGCCAUCCACUACCUGGGUAAGAACUUCGUAGGAGACCUGUUGAAUGAUGGGAAAAUCCGCUGGGUGGAGACGGGCCAGAUUUUCAACUCCCCCAGCGCCUGGGCGACACACUGUAAGCGUCUGGUGAACCCGGCCAAGAAGUCUGGCUGCGGCUGGGCGUCCGUGCGCUACAGGGGACAGAAGCUGGUCCAGUACAAAACCACCUGGCUGCACAAGUAUCAGCCCAGCGCAGACAUGAGUCUGGUGAGCGAGGAGGAUGAUGACGAGGACGAGGAAGAAGGGAAGACGGCCGUGCAGGCAGACGACAAGAACAAGAACACCAAACCUGGAUUACACGAUGUUAUGGUUUCACGGAGAACCGACAGAGAGAGAAUUCCUGUCCGAUAUUGCAGCUUGGGCACCAGGGACGCUGCCAGAGAUCCACACACCCUCGUGGAGCUGUCGGCCUUCUCAGCCAUCAACAGAUUCCAGCCUUUUAAUGUAGCCGUGUCCAGUAAUGUGCUGCUGCUAAUGGACUUCCACUGUCACCUGACCACCAGUGAGGUGGUGGGGUACCUGGGAGGACGAUGGGACACCAACACACAACUGCUGACAGUCUUAAGGGCUUUUCCCUGUCGGACCCGGCUGGCGGACAGAGAAUCUGCUUCUGCUGUUGAGGAGGAGAUCUGUCAGAACCUGUUCAUGCGCGGGCUCUCCCUGGUGGGCUGGUACCACAGUCACCCGCGAGGUCCGGCCCUGCCGUCGCUGCAGGACAUCGACUCCCAGAUGGACCAUCAGCUGAGGCUGCAGGGUUCAAACAACGGCUUCCAGCCCUGCCUGGGCAUCAUCUGUGGUCCAUAUUAUCACGGGAAUCAAGGCGUGGCAUCUACAAUAACUCCAUUCUGGGUCGUACCGCCACCUGAGCAACGACCCAAUGACUACGGCAUCCCAGUGGCUGUGGAGGUCACCUACGUGCAGGACAACUUUCUCACCAGUGAUGUCCUCAAUGAGAUGAUGCUGCUGGUCGACUACUACAGAGCAGCUCCCGACCUGGUGCAGUUCAACCAGUACUGGUGUCCCGACACGACCAUGAUGGACAAGAUCAAGGGCUCUCUGAGUUGCCACGCCCCCAAAGACCAGGCCUACUCUCAGAUCUUAGAGCACGUCUACAGUCAGCUGUGCAGCAUGCAGUGAUCUCCUCCGUCUCCAUUUCAAAACACCUUCUCCGCAGAGCGAACAGGACCGGUGUGACAAUGUUGCUUGAAAAAAAAAAAAAACAAACAAAAAAAAACAUAUAGAUGCCUUGAAUGCUCUUAUGCUUGAGUAAUUUUGCAUUAUUGCGAGUGUAAACAAACUUAGGGGUGCUAAAUUUGUGACAGCAGCUGGUCCUGGAUGUUGUUAUUCGAACACAAAAAUGAAAAACCAAACCCAAUACUUCACAGGAAACUACGUUGAACCAUUUAACGGACUAGAAAUCAGCCUGCCCGACUGGCCUCUCACCUUUUACACGUGGACCUAUGUGCCUGUCUGUGCCAGCAUCCUGUUGUAUGAGCAGAUAUCGCCAGAUAUGUACGACGUAAACUUCAAUGUCUUGUAAUUGCCUUUAGAGACGAAACCAAUGGAAUGGGAAAAAAAACAAGUAGUGCAAACUGUACAUUACCAAGGUGUGGAAAGCUGCCUGUGUUUGACCUAAACUGUACUCUGCAAUUGGUGAAAGUUCCUCAAGUCACAUGGAAUGGGUGCGGUGCCAAGCGAGUUAAUUUUUUUUAAAUCCACCAGUCUAAUGAACCAGGUGUGUGUGUCUCUGUGUGUGUGUGUGUGUGUGUGUGUGUGUGUGUGUGUGCGCGCGCUGUGUUGUGAAUGUGCCCGUCUACUGUCUCCCCGUAUGUGACACAUGAGUCCUCGUGGUUGGGACACAUAUUUGCUUCCUCUUUACCUGUACUGUAUUUAUUACUAACUGUGGAUUGUGUGAUAUACAUGUAUGAAGACAGAGCGAUGCCUUAAGCCUGCUGACUGAUGAUCCACUAAGCAUUAAAAUAUACACACUGGAACUAUUUAAA